UCUGACGUCACUUUUGUGACACUCUGUAUAUUAUGUUAGAUUCAUAUGCAUUUCUAUAAUUACAACCUAAAAAAAUAUGGAUGCUGAAGAGGAGACAUACGAUGAUGUUGAUUCGGGAAAUGAGUCUAGCGGAGAUGAUGUAGAUUUCGCUAUGGAAGUUGAGGUUUCGGGACAUAGAGAGAAACAAACCGACUCCGAUGAGUACCCUUUCGAAGUUCUGUCGACGGAGCAGAUUGUCCAGCAUAUGGUUGACUGUAUUAAAGAAGUUAAUUCGGUCGUUGAGAUUCCGACUACAACUACUAGAAUACUGUUAAACCACUUUAAAUGGGACAAGGAGAAGUUAAUGGAACGAUUUUAUGAUGGCGAUCAGGAUCAGCUAUUUUCCGAAGCUCAUGUAGUAAAUCCCUUUAGGAAAUUAAAUAUUAGUAUUAUUAAAGUACCAAAAAAGCCUAUCUCUGGAACUGAGGAGUGUGAAAUUUGUUUUACUGUACUGCCUUGUUCGCACAUGACAGGAUUGGAGUGUGGUCAUCGGUUUUGCAGUCAUUGUUGGGGGGAGUAUUUAACGACCAAAAUUAUGGAGGAAGGUGUCGGGCAGACUAUUGCUUGCGCCGCUCAUGGCUGCGAUAUCUUAGUGGACGAUGCCAGUGUGAUGCGAUUAGUUAAGGACGCCAAAGUGAAAUUAAAAUAUCAGCAUUUAAUUACAAAUAGUUUUGUUGAGUGCAAUCGUCUGCUAAGAUGGUGUCCUUCUCCUGAUUGUAACAACGCCAUUAAAGUACAAUACGUAGAACCUCAUCAUGUUACAUGCAAAUGUAACCAUACAUUUUGCUUUUCGUGUGGCGAAAAUUGGCACGAUCCUGUCAAAUGCCACUUAUUGAAGAAGUGGAUUAAGAAGUGCGACGACGAUUCGGAAACCAGCAACUGGAUUGCCGCGAAUACCAAAGAAUGUCCGAGGUGUAACGUUACGAUCGAAAAAGAUGGCGGUUGUAAUCAUAUGGUGUGUAAAAAUCAAAAUUGUAAGGCGGAUUUCUGUUGGGUAUGUUUGGGACCGUGGGAGCCUCAUGGAAGUUCGUGGUAUAAUUGUAAUCGUUACGAUGAAGAAGAGGCGAAAGCAGCACGUGAUGCUCAAGAAAAAUCUAGAUCUGCUUUGCAACGUUAUUUGUUUUAUUGCAAUCGAUACAUGAAUCACAUGGCUUCACUAAAAUUUGAGCAUAAGUUGUAUGCUUCAGUAAAGGGCAAGAUGGAAGAAAUGCAACAACAUAAUAUGAGUUGGAUAGAAGUACAAUUUCUUAAAAAGGCUGUUGAUAUUUUGUGUCAGUGUAGACAAACUUUAAUGUAUACUUAUGUGUUUGCAUACUACUUGCAAAAAAACAAUCAAUCUGUGAUUUUUGAAGAUAACCAAAAGGACCUCGAGGGUGCAACAGAAUUCCUUUCAGAAUAUUUAGAACGAGAUAUCACCUCUGAAAAUUUAGCCGAUAUUAAACAAAAAGUUCAAGAUAAAUAUAGAUACUGCGAAAGCCGAAGGAAAGUUCUUUUAGAACAUGUACAUGAAGGGUAUGAAAAAGAAUGGUGGGAUUAUAAUGAAUAAUUUUAUUUAUUUGUAAAUAGUAAUUUUUAAGUAAUUGAAAUGUAAUAAAAAUUAUCGUAACUGGAUUUGUUAACUAUUAUCUCAAAUGCGUUUUUAUUUGUUACUAAAAAUAUGUUUUUUAAUUUGUUGGUUCAAUUCUUAAUUUGAUAAUGCAUGGGGUACACUAUUGUUACUUGUUGAUUAUGAUAGCAUUUUUGUUAAUUUGAAAAACUGAAUAAAUAUGUUUGAAUGGUCAAAUCUCUCAGUCUAUUCUGUAAGUUAACAUUUCCAAAAUGUAAAUUUAACCAGAACUGAGUCUUACAGCAAUAAUAGCGGAUAAAUUUGUAAUCAACUUGUUUCAGUAUGUUAAUUUGCGACACUAAUUUAUUUAUUUAUUCCAUACACCCAUUAGUCAACAACGAAUCAGAACAUCUUGUGUCAUUCUUCUAAGAUCUUUAUUUUGGAAUAUAAUAUAUAAAUAUAUUGUAUAUAGUUUAAUGAAAAUCUAUGUAUAUAUGUCAAAUUUAAGUUUAGCUAUUGUUUCGCUGCAAA